AUGUUCAAAUUCGCUGUUGUUAUCUUCGCUGUCAUUGCCUGUGCUGCUGCUAAGCCCGGUUUGAUUGGUGCUCCUUUGGCUUAUGCUGCUCCUGCAGCUGUAGUUGCUAGCCCCGCCGGUGUUGUUACUGCCACCAGUAGCCAAUUUAUUGCCCGCAACCAUAAUGGUAUUGCUACUGCUCCCAUUGUAGCUCCUGUUGCUACCCCUGUUGUUGCCAAGACUGUUGCUGCUUACACUACCUCUCCCGUUGUAGCCAAAUAUGCUGCUGCCUACUCUCAUCCUUUGGCUUACUCUUCACCUUUGGCUUACUCCACCCCUGUUGUAGCUAAAUAUGCUGCUGCUUACUCUCAUCCUUUGGCCUACUCCGCACCCUUGACUUAUGCUGCUGCACCAGCUCCAGUUUUGUUUUAA